CAUAUCUAAUAUAUGUGUGUGUAUUUAUAUGAUAUGUCAAGAAAAGGAAGAAAAAGAAAAACAUAAAGAGAAUUAUAGGUAGCUGGUCCAUUAUGGAAUACCAGAAAGAGCAGUGACUUUUGUGUUUGAGUACUAUAUAUGUAGCAUGUAUAGCCUGGAAAGGUAGGAUUUUGAAGACCCUUCCCUCCCUCUCUUGGGUAUUGAUGAGUAUUCUCUUUUUAAAAGGGUACAAAGCCAAGAGAUGGAAUGAACCUUUAGAUUUAUAAGUUCUGUGAUACUAAGAGAGAGAUUGGUAGAAGACCAAAAGCUUGAGAGAGUUAGAGAGUGGUAGCUAACAUGGCUGUCUCUAAUUUGCAGAAGCAAUAUAUUGAUUACAAAGCCUCACUCUUUCACGAGGGGGUCCUUGACGAACAAUUUGAACAGCUUCAGCAGCUCCAAGAUGAGAGCAACCCACAAUUUGUGGUUGAAGUGGUGUCUAUCUUCUUCAAGGAUUCUGAGAGAAUUCUAAAUGACCUGACCAAGACUCUAACUCAGCAGGAUGUUGACUUCAAAAAGGUGGGUGCCAAUGUUCACCAGUUGAAGGGUAGCAGCUCCAGCAUUGGUGCUCAGAGGGUUCAGAGAGUCUGCAUUGCAUUCCGUAACUUCGGUGAGGAGCACAACAUUGAAGGGUGCCUAAAAACUCUUCAGCUAGUGAAGCAUGAAUGUGCCAUUGUGCAAAAUAAACUCGAAUCUCUUUUCAAGCUGGAGCAACAGAUUAUGGCUGCUGGCAGUAGUGUACCAAGGAAGCAUUUGCGUUUUAAACAGAAAUUUAUGUGCUUUUUAUGAAAGCGCUUCCACCAGAAGUGCUACUAAACAA